UACAAACAUAGCAGUUCCUGUAGAUCACAUAUGUCAGAGUCAAGGCCCGCGGGCCACAUCCGGCCCGCGAGAAGGUUUUUUACGGCCCCUGGGAUGAUCUUGAUUUAUUAUUAGAACCGGCCCGCAGACCGCAGCAAGCCGGCAGCCCGCAGAUCUUUUACACGCACCAAUACUACAUUUCCCACAAUGCAACGGUGACGCACCGAGCAGUAGGCUGCUUCAUUUCAAUAUUUAUUGGCACAGCAGUCGUCAGCAUCACAGUAAAAUUAACUUUCAGAUACCCAUCAAAAAUGGCAAAACGGAAGGUGGACACUGAGAACCGGGGGUUUCAAACAAGGUGGGAGUCGGAGUAUAUGUUCACGGAGGUAGCUGGAAAACCUGUGUGUCUUCUGUGUGGAGAAAGUGUGGCGGUACUGAAAGAGUAUAAUCUGAGACGACAUUAUGAAACGAAACACGCGGACAAAAACAAGAAUAUGGACAUGGAACAAAGGCUACAAAAAGCAGAGGAAUUAAAACGAGGCCUCAAAUCUCGACAGGCUCUGUUCAAAAAAGCCAAAUCACAAGGCCAGGCUGCUGUCAAGGCCAGUUUUAUUUUGGCAGAAGAGAUCGCUAAAUCAGCCCGGCCAUUUACGGAGGGGGAUUUCAUCAAAAACUGCAUGAUUAAAGUUUGUGACGAAGUUUGCCCAGAAAAAAGGCAACUCUUUUUAAAUGUGAGUCUGAGCAGAAACACCAUUGCCGAGAGAGUAGACCAGUUGUCCAUCAAUCUAAAAGAGCAGCUUGUGAAAAAGGGAAAAGAUUUCAUUGCAUAUUCCUUGGCUGUGGAUGAGAGCACCGACAUUUCUGACAUUGCCCAGUUGUCAAUUUUCAUCCGCGGAGUGGACUCCAGCCUAAGCGUGACAGAGGAGUUUUUGGCUUUACGUCCUAUGCAUGGCACAACUACGGGGCAUGAUUUGUAUGAAGAGGUGUCAAGAUGUGUAAAUGAGAUGGAGCUGCCUUGGGAAAAACUCGUAGGUUUGACAACCGACGGAGCACCUGCGAUGUGUGGACACAGGAGCGGACUGGUGGCGAAGAUACGGGAAAAGAUGCAAGAGGAAAACGCGACAGGUGAGCUGACAGCUUAUCAUUGUAUCAUACACCAGGAAGCGUUGUGCGGUAAAGCCUUGAAAAUGGAGCAUCUAAUGAGCAUCAUCACGCGCACAGUUAACUUUAUCAGAGCCAAAGGUUUGAAUCACCGCCAGUUCAAGGCAUUUCUGACGGAGUUAGAAACGGAGCAUGGUGAUUUGCCUUAUCACACAGAGGUGCGAUGGCUAAGCCAGGGAAAGGUGCUUCAAAGAUGUUUCGAGCUUCGUGAGGAGAUUUGUCUGUUCUUGGACAGCAAAGGGAAAGACACAACACAACUCCGAGACGAAAUGUUUCUGUGUGAAAUGGCUUUUCUGUGUGACAUUACGAGUCAUCUGAAUGCAAUGAACUUGCAGCUGCAGGGUCGGGAUCAUGUCAUCUCUGAUAUGUACAGUACAGUGAAGGCAUUUAAAACCAAACUGACUCUGUGGGAGACGCAGAUGCGGAAAGAAAAUUUGAGCCACUUUCCCAGCUGCCAGACCAUGAAAGAGAAGCUCUCUACCAGUGCGUUCCCGAGCGCACAGUUGGCUGAUAAAAUAGGUAUGCUUGCCGCUGACUUUCGACGCCGAUUUGCUGACUUUGAAGCACAAAAAAGCAGGUUGGAACUGCUCGGUAACCCAUUUGCUGUUGACGUGGAAAGCUCACCACCAAACCUCCAAAUGGAGUUGAUUGACCUCCAAUGCAAUGAUGCACUGAGGGCAAAAUAUGCGGCAGUGGGUGCUGCGGAGUUCGCCCGUUUCCUCCCCGACACAAUGCCCCAGCUGCGCAUCCAGGCUGCUCAAACGUUGUCUAUGUUUGGCAGCACAUACCUGUGUGAACAACUGUUUUCUUUGAUGAACCUGAACAAAACAUCACACAGAAGUCGACUUACUGCUGAACACCUCCACUCAAUUCUGAGGAUUUCCUCAGCUCAGAGCCUUACCCCGAACAUUGAUGAACUUGUGGAAAAGAUGGGACACCACCAAGUAUCACCCUCAACCUCAAACAAGUGAACAUUACUGUACAAUCACAUAUUUAGAGUUUUUACUCAGUUCAAGUUUAAAAGUUAAAGUUUAAUAUUUGUUUUCACUGCAUGUUACUUCUCCUUAAACAAAGUGUUGUUUUUGAUUAAUAGAUUUUUGCACUUUAUUUUAUUGUAUUUCAAUCCAAUUAUAUUUUAAAAAUAUUUCAGUUGAGUGGAUGAUAGAAAAUUGCUAUUAUUGUUUUUUUCUUUGAAGUAAAUUUAGCCCACUUUUGCUAAAAUAGAAAAUAUAGGCUACUGAUGGUGCCUUGAAUACCGGUUUCUUUCAUUUAAUGUUCAUGUUAUGGGGAUUUUUAUAUAAAGGAAAUUUGUCUUUUGUGUCUGUUGAAAAUUAAAGAUUACUGACAGAGCCAUAAGAAAAUAUUGCUUUAUUUAUCUGAUCAUAUUGGAAUAUAUUUGUUAGGUUUUCAGUAGGUUCAAUUAGGUUCACUAGACUAUAUGCGUCAUUGAAAAAUUUUUCAAUGAACAUUCGAACAGUCCGGCCCUCGGCUUGUAGCUAAAUUUUUUAUUUGGCCCUCCGUCCAUUUGACUUUGA